AUGGCCCAUCGGCUCGCUGCUAGAGGCGCCGCCGAUCUUGAAGCCCUCUCGCCCCGUGAUGCCAACGCGCAACGCAUGCCCAAGCCCUCGACCAAGCCCGCCGACGGCGUCGGCGCCGGCAAGACCAAGACGGCAGCCCAGCUCAAGGCCGCCAAGGACAAGGAGCACCCGCCGCCGCCGCCGCCCGAGGUCCUUGAGCCUGCCUCCGCCGAGCGCCCCGAUGGCGCCGUCUACCAAACCGGCAAGCUGCUUGGCAAGGGCGGCUUCGCCAUCUGCUACACCGGCCACCUCCAGCCAACCAACAAGGUCUAUGCCCUCAAGAUAGUCAAGAGCCACAUGCCGGCAAAGAUGGAGCAAAAGUUCCAAACAGAGCUCCAAAUACACUCAAAGAUGAAGCACAAGAACAUUGUCCAGUUUUGGCGCGCCUUCUCCUUCCACAACAGCACCUAUCUCGUCCUCGAGCUCUGCCCCAACGGCUCCCUCAUGGACAUGGUCAAGCGCCGCAAGGGCCUGACCGAGCCCGAGGUCCGCUUCUACUCGGUCCAGAUUGCCGGCGCCAUCAAGUACAUGCACAGCAAGGGCAUCAUCCACAGGGACCUAAAGAUGGGCAACAUCUUCCUUGACGCCCACAUGAAUGCCAAGAUUGGCGACUUUGGUCUCGCUGCUCUCCUUGUUACCGGCAGGGACAUGCACACCAUCCGUCGCACGACGCUCUGCGGGACACCAAACUAUAUUGCACCCGAGAUCUUGGAAAAGGGCAAAAAGGGCCACGACCACAUGGUUGACAUCUGGUCCCUCGGCAUCAUCAUGUUUGCCAUGUUUACUUCCAAACCUCCUUUCCAGUCUUCAACGACAGACGAAAUUUACCGCCGCGCCCGAGAGCGCGACUACGAAUGGCCCGUCAAUGACGCUACACGUUACAUCAGCGAUGAAGCCAAAGAUCUAGUAGCCAUCAUGCUGGAGAAUGCAGACCAACGACCGGAGCCAGAUGCCAUUAUUCAGCACCCGUUCUUCACAAUUGGCUACACGCCAAGAGAAUCCGAGAUGAGCUCCCGUCUCCGUGACACAGCACCAGACAGACAAGAGUUCUACGGUCGUAUGCCCUCAGCCAUGCGUACACAAGCGCUGCGAAACUUCAAGGAACUCUGCCGUGAAUGCUGCAUCGGCCCCAUGGCCAACGUUCAGCUCGUUCAUACGCAAAUCUGGAAAGAAAUGGCUGCCGAGGAGAAGGCAGGCCUGACCCCCAUCAUUCCCCUGGCAGAAGAUAUUGUCUACACGCCGUUUGACGACUGGAUCAAGGAGCAGCAGCAACUGCGCCUGAGACAGUCGGCAUCCGCGCCGCCCACGGUAGCACCCACAGCUCCCCCAGAAAAGACCAGUCUCCUUCGCCAACCCCCGCAAAGUUUUGCCGCUCAGCAACGAGCCCAAAACCGACCAGCUGCCGCACCACCGGCAAAAUCCAUCUCUACAGAGCCGCUCUCACAGAGCACAAGGACUAGAAGUCGCGCAGAUUCGUUGGCGCUGCGGCCCAAGGAAGCGCCCGAUUCCAUUAGAAGCGUACGCCCGGCAGUCCGUACAGCACUUCCUUCUAUUCGCUCCGCCCCAAACAUUCAUGCCGUUGAGCGUUCAGCCACCCUGUCGACCUCUGCGUCAGUAAGCUUGGGUCACUCCAGGCAAAACUCUAAUUCUAUUCACACCGCAACGCUCUUUGGCCCCUUGGAGAAGCCCUCCCAGGUCGCUGGCACCAACCCCGAUGUCGUGCUCGAGCGCCUUCGCAAGCUAGAAACAGAGCUAGAUCGUGCCCUUAACGCGCGCUCCAUGGCCAUCGUAUCUUCGAGGACGGUGACGCCCUCACCACCGCACAUUGUUGUCAAGUGGGUAGACUACACCAACAAAUUUGGCCUGGGCUACAUCCUCAACGAUGGCAGCGUUGGCUGCAUUCUUCGUGACAUUCCCACCACCGAGGGCAGCAAGACGGCUCUUCUCCCUUCCGCCGGCGUCUUCAUCCGCGGCGCCGAGAGACACAUUCUCCGCCGCCAAGACGAGUCGUACCUCGACAGAAACCAACCAGUCCCCAUGUCGCAGCUAAUUACCUUUUUCGAGAACAAGGGCGAGGCCGGUGUGACGGAAGUGUCGCUCUCGCCAGAGCAGUUUCGCGUCGCGACCAACGAAGACGGUACGCCGGGCAAGAUGAACCCGGGCCGCGACGUUUAUUCGCACAGAAAACGCGAGCGCAUCAUCCUGUGGAAGAAGUUUGCCAACUACAUGAUUGCCCACGGCCGGGACGAAGCCAUUGCCGAGGAGCCCGUUCCCAGGAGCCAAAAGGCCACGCCCUCGGAACUCGUCACGUUUUACCAGCGCUUUGGCGACGUGGGCUGCUGGGCCUUUGGCGACGGCCACCUCCAGUUCAACUUUCCCGACCACACCAAGAUCGUACUCGACGCGACGGGCACGUGGUGCCACUUCUGGCACCUGCCGCAGGACGCCGCUGAGCGACUGGCCGAGACGGGCACGAUCGGUGCCGCCGCACUCGACGACCGCGCGAUUCUAUCAUAUCCGCUGCAGACGCUGCUCAACUUCCAGUCUCGCACGACUGCCAACAGCAACCUGGCGACCCGGUCGUCGACUAGGAGGCGACCCGAGAUCGACCCCGCGCUGCAAGGCAUUCCCGCGGCCAACGACUUUCGCCGCAAGAUUGAGUUUGUCCGCACCGUCGUCCACGAGUGGGUGGCCAACGGCGGGCUCGGCAACAGUUCCAUGGCGCGCGAUGACCGCCUCCGCUGGCGCGGCCACCGCGAGGUCAUCACUCACGGCGUCGGCGUCGUCCUACCGCCUCAGAAGCACGUCUGGGUCACCAUCGGUAGUCGAUGGGGCGACCAGCGCAUAUCCACGCUCGUCGAUCCCCUGAAGCCCUGGGAGCUGGGCGACGAGGUCGAGGCCAAGAAGUGA